AUGGCACACAACAACGUCACCGAGGCCAAAAAAUCACAUGUUUUCAAAUCACAAUUGAAGGUCAUGUUGAUUUUGUUCUUCGACAAUGAAGGGUUAGUUCACUGGGAAUUUGUAACUAAUGGACAAACAGUCAACUCAAGUUUUUAUAUUGAAGUUUUAAAGCGUUUAAGGGAUUCAAUUCGGAGAAAAAGGCAAAGAAAAUGGGAAAAUGGUUGGUUUUUGCAUCAUGACAAUGAACCAUGCCACUCGUCUUUUGGAGUUCGGCAAUUUUUAACGGAUAAAAAAAUGUAUACAAUUCCACAAUCCCCGUAUUCGCCAGACAUUGCUCCAUGUGACUUCUGGCUGUUUCCAAAUUUAAAACUUGGACUCAAAGGUGAACGUUUUGCGACAAUUGAAGACAUUAAAGUUAACGCAACAGCAAAUCUCAGGGCCAUUCCGAUAGAGGGAUACCAAAGAUGUUUCCAGCAGUUACAAAGUCGUUGGAGUAAGUGUGUCUGUGCUGAAGGACGGUAUUUUGAAGGAGAUUAA